AAUUUGUGCGAAAAAAGCUUUUCGUGGAAGAGUCACUUGAAACGCCACAUGAAAGUUCAUUCCGAUGAAAGACCAUUUAAGUGCAAUUACAAUAACUGCGAACAUAGCUAUAAACGGAAAAACGCGUUAGAACAACACAUGUACAGACGGCAUUCUGAUGACAUUUUAUCUAAAAUUCCACCAAACGACCCGAAGAUAAUAAGCCGUAAAUGUAAUUUUUGCCUAAAAGUUUGUGCAUCUCCCGCUGAGUUAAGACGUCACUUGCGAACUCACACCAAAGAACGGCCAUUUUCGUGUAACUUUUGCAACGGCACUUUCACUGAGAAAAGUUCUUUAAGCACACACAUCAGGAAGAUCCAUCCGAAAGAAAAAGCUCCAUCCUGCUCCGAACAAUCUCAACAACAGGAUAAAGAACAGAAAUUUUUAAAGGCCUUUUCUAAUAAAACAUCGUCUGCAACAAAAAGUUCAAAUAGCGAAAACAAGGAUGAGGAACAAUGUAAAGCAGACCACAAAGACAAUAUUCCUAGAUUGUCGGUAAUAGUAUUUCAAUGUCAUUUAUGUUCGUUCAGCACUCGGUCGAAUGAGAAAUGGUUAGAACAUAAGCGGUGCCAUUUGGAAGAUAUUCCUUGCACGUCAACGGAAUCAGAAAAAAGAGAAAGCGAAGAAGCACAAGCAGCCAGAGAAGGAGGAUCGAAGAGAAAAAAAUCAGAGAUGGUAGAGGCUGACAAGCAGUUUUUUCAUAAGGAUAAGCCUUUUUCCGAACAAUAAGUCUUAAAUAAAUGAAGAAAUAACAACAAGAUAAAAAGAUUAAUCAGAAAAAUUUUAAUUACAUUUUUUAUUUGGCAUAUUAUCGAAAUAAAUUUUAUUAUUCGUGCUUAAGAUAAAUGUUUAAAAUAUAGGAACAUUCCAAUUAAAUUUACAAUCAGUAAACAGCAUUUCUUUAAUUAGGUCUGAAAAUGUUAAGGAAGACAAUUACAAUAAUAAAAAUUUAAAUGAAAAAAU